GUCUGGGCUUUUUGUGUAACCCGGAAGUAGUUGUGUUGUUACUGUUUUCUAUUCGCAGCACGAGUGUAACUCUAAUCAACUACGCUCAGCAUCAGGUUGACAAAAUGAACGAGAUGUUGAACGGUGUUACAACGGAAGGCAUUUCCAUCCACAAUUUCACUGAGAAGAUUCUGGAGCAGGUGAUUCAUUUUCACGUGAUGAAACUCAGCGACAGUUUUUUUCUCUGGGUCGGUUCAAGUCCCGUCCUGUCCAGCCUGGCGGUGUCAAUGAGCAGCAAAUACGAUUCAAUGCCAUUGUCUUCAUUAAUCAUGGGGGAUUCGUCCAAUACUAUUCUAAAUACCUUCUCACAGAGAUUAGCAAAGAAGACUAAAAAACAGGUGUUUUUGAGCUACGAUCUUCCAAUGACAGACUCCAACCUCAGUCUCUUGGUGGAGAGGAGGAUAUUAAAAGAGCUGGAGCUCCACCCUGAGCUUUUCUAAUUCACCACUGAGCAUCCUCUCACUGGACUUGAACAUUAUACAUGAAGAAAAAAUAAUAAUAAAAAAAGCUUUUGUGCAAAACAGCUUGCAUACUUAAUCAUGACCCAAUAAGCAGUAUAGAUACGUCAUCAAGUGUUCUUUUAUUGACAUAAUAAAUUAAACUGUUCAUUAUCAAAAA